CAUAGUGUUGUUUAGCAACAACGUCCCUAGUGGCUGACGACUGUCAUUGCUUCAACAUCAUAAAGCAAGGUGUCACUUGAGACACCAGAAGCUGUCACCCUUUCACCAACCUUGCCAGUGCAGUGGGAGGCAACGUUGCUGUUGGAUCACCUUGCUAGCGAUGAGGAAGAAGUGAAGCGCUUGUUUUGACGCUAAAGAGAGCUUGUCUGAUUGGUGCCACUGCAAGCAGAAAGAUCAAAGGUUGUGAGGGUGGACCCUGAUGGAUCAUGGUGGUCAGCUCCACUACGAGGGCAGAAUAAUGUCACAAGUUGUGGUGGGUGGGGCUGAGCGUUGUGAUAAUAACACACCCCACCCUAAUCUUUUUACUUCCCAAAACCUCAAUGAGACUCAAACUGAACAUUCCUCAGCUCUACAAAAUGAAUUUGGAGCUGGAGAGUUUCUCAACAACAAUGGGGACAACCAGGAGGGAGAGGAAGAUAGAUACGGAGAAGAAGGAGAAGAGGACAUUGAUGAGGUGAUGAAGGAUGAGGAGGAAGAAUCGGAGACAUCAAGUUGCCGAAUUCACUGCCGCUCCCCAGAUACUCCCAUGACUGAUUCCUCCUAUUCAGAAACAGGAAGCAUAUUGGAGAAUCCUUUCAGUCCUGGUACAAGUCCCGAACCUACAUCCCCUGUCAUCCAAGAAGUGUUAUCGCCCAUCAGCCUCUUGGAACUGGGUCAGAAAGAAGUGGAUGUUGGUGGCUUCAACGUUGGACCCCUUGCCUCCAGCACAUCAGGAAUGACCUUCACCACAGGGCCUGUGCUUUCUUCUUCAACCUCAGACACUGGGCUGAGCUGCACUGACGGAUUUGUGCAUAUCUCACAAACUACUGCCAGAAGCAUUACAUCCCCUUCAGAACCUCUCCCAACCUUUACUAUGCUCACAUGUACCAGUGGGGCUUCAGAAAUGAUAUCCACCUCAAGGCCCAAUACUUCCAUUACCUCUGCCAGCCAAACAACAGCCUUCACCACGGUGUAUACAGAGUCCUCAUCCUCUACAGCACCGCUACACUCUGAAAGCUAUACUUCCACCCCAGUGCCCACUGGCUGCACUACAAGGCCUACCUCUUCUCUGAUGGACUCCCUGGAGCAGUUGGCCCAUCGAGGAGAUGAUGCUCGCCUUCCACUAGACCUCCAUCAGAUCGCUGAGGCCUCUGUCCGUCAUGAAGAUUACCAACUGGCUUUACGGUGUAUCCAGCUUGAAAGGCUCUAUCACCAGAGAGUGUUGGACAACCUCAAUGCUCUCCAGCAACAGUGGGAAAGUCGGUGUGCGAGAACCUCCCCUAGUCUGGAAGCCCGACAUCUGGACACUCUCAGAGACAUCUGCCAGACGCACACUCGACCAAGUGCUGUAGAUGCUGCGUCUGCAUCUCUGGACUACUUAAUGCAAACAUUUGAACAGGAGGGAACAUUGCCUAAACAUCCAUCAGCUCAGCAGACUGAAUGUAGGAUGCAGCAGAGAGCUCAAGAUCCCUCCUGUCCACAGACCACGGUCACGCCCUCCAUUAAUUUGUCACUAAGACUAAAUUCCCCCGACAGUUCAGAAAAAGACAGGGAGCACCCUGAAUGCAAUUUAGAAGGGAGGGUCAGUUUCCAUGGGACUGAGCUGACUAAGGAGAAGGAGGGCAGUGGAAGGGAGCAAGGGGAGUGUCCGGAACACACCAAUUCAGCCGAGACAAACAUGUUGCACCCCUCUGAAACUGGAGAAAUGGAUCAGCCCAAGCCUGCAGAGCAGCAGGGUGGAGACUUGAGUCCAGCACAGGAAAAGGAGGUGGAUAGGGAAGAAGUAGAAGUCAGCAAUGUGGGAGAGACAGCAGAAGCACUGAUUAUGGAGGAUGAGACUGAAGAAGAGGAGGGCGAGAAAGAGAAGCGAGCGCUCAAAGUGGAGACACUGUUCAGCGAGAUAGCAGAGGUGGAACAUCUGCACCAAGAAGCUCAAGAACCGAGACAACAUGAGGAGUCUGGUCAAGGGAUAGAGGAGAGUAAUGAAAGCUCCCUACUCCAGGAUGGUGACAAGCUAGGCAGCGAGGAGGAGCAGGAAGAAUAUGAGGUUGAACAAAGUGAUAUCAUCAGAGAAGGCGCCACACUGGACGACAUGGCUAGACUCAUCACUGUAGAGGAGAUGUCUCCUGCCUAUGGCCUCGUCUCCAUCUUGAAGAAGAGAAGUUUCCCUGUUGAUGAUGUUAGUUUGGCUGCAAGCUCAGACUCCAGGCCCGAUAAACAAAUCGCUAAAAAACGAGUCCACUUCAGAGUCGCAGAUGACUGCUUUGAUAGUGAUGUUCGUGGGAGAGACUCAUGCCUGCUUCUUUUCCUGCUUUGUUUGGUUACCGUGGUGAUCAGUGUGGGCGGCACCACUCUUUACUGUGCGCUGGGGGACGUCCACUCCACAGUCUGUCAGGACUUCUCCAGAAAUGUGGACUUCUACUUUGGACAGAUGCAGCGUGCCGUAGCUCAGCUCCAACAGUGGUUUGGCCCAAGUUCGUCGUCGCAUUAGCAGCAUCUGACUUUUGUUACAGCCAGCAUUGUACAGGUAAGUAUCACCCAGGUGUCCCCUGGGUGUUUGAAGGGGUCCGGGACAAUGACACCAAAGGUCUCUCAAAUCAGCCAAGACUGGAUCCAAAUUUCUCACUGGACUCUCAAAAACAAAACACCUGACACCUCUGUAAGUUCUGGAAAAAAAACAGUAGUUUGAUCCUUGAGGGCUCGGACAUACUCUGCACACACACAUGCUGCACAAAUAGGGGCCUCACAGGCAUGCUGCAACCUCUAGAGUUGCUUUUAAGGACGUGUUUUUUUUAAUGACACAUGCACUUCCUUACUAUUUCAAAUGAACUCAUUAUGUCUUAAUCAUGUCUUAACACAUUGAAUGUUUGUGGAGCAUUUAUGUCUUUUUAAGUUAUUUUCUAUUGAGCUUCUGCCACUGCUGGACAACAGGUGCAACGAGUGUGACUCAUGGGGGGUAAAAAGCACUGAUCUUAAGCUAUGCAUUAUUUUACCACUGAGCAACAUGCUCUACUUGUACACCUACAAGCAGAUAUACUACAUCUACCUACAGGAAUACAGUGCAUACAGUAUAACAUGAAUGUUUAACUCAACUGGUACCACUUUGUUUGUUUUCAAAAUAUUUUCUUUUGAGCUUGCAACAAUUUGGUGUGAUUUGUUGGUAGGAUGUGAUGUAGCAUUGUGUCAGCCCAUCUCUCAGGAUUUCUAUACAUUGUCCUCGUUCUGAGAGCCACUGUUUGUUUUUUUUAUGUUGUUCUUUGUUUCUGUUCACUAGUGGGGCCUAGUGUUUGUCCCCGAAGACAACACAGAAUUGUCCCAGGAGUGUGUCAACUUUGGUUUUCGCUUUUAGUGUAGUUAUCUAUUAGGGGUGCCACAAGAUCUCAAGAUUAAAAUUCUCAUUCAGAUUCAGAAAAAAAACUCUUAUGAGCACUAGGCAUGAAAUGAUAAGAUGAAAUAAAUUGCAAUAUAUAGUCAUAUUUUUAUUUUCCAUUGUACCGUUCUUAAAAGUAAUAUGAAGAUCUCAACUCGUAGAUCCAUUCUCUUCUCAUUAACAGAGUAUCUUGUGACACCCCUAUCUUGCUUCAGUAGUUUACCAGAAAUACUUCGGAAAAGGUACCAUUUUAACAGGUGAGAGGAGCUUCCAUACAGUGUCUUAUAUGCAUUAUUAAUAGUCAAAUGAGUAUUAUGUCACACAAUGAUGUAAAGUAAUGUAAAUGCCUUUUUAUUUGCACGAGUCUCCUGGCUGGUUCAGAUGACUCAGGGAAGUCUACUUAUUUAUGACUCAGUGGAUGCAAAGAUUAUGUUUAUGUUCAUCUUCCUCACUUUAAUGAUGGUUCUUGCACAUUAUAAUAGCUUUUCAUUUAUUUUGUCUUUUUUUUUAAUAAUGGAAUGCUUUUUAACAAAUGUUGUGUAAUUUGCUUUUAUCACCUUUCUACCUGACAAGUUGUCACAUUGGAUUGUGAUGUUUGUACAGUCUUCCAAGCAAAAACAUUGGGUUGGCAUAAUCUGGUGAUUCACAUCGGUCUUAUGUGUGAGAUGUCUUUGUAGUAGCAAAAAGAGAUGCAUUAUUUUGAUGCUUUUGCAGCACAAAUUGCUCAUGCACUUGAGUAAGGAUUAGUAUUGAUAGUAAUACCUUCAAUAAGUGAUGUAAAGGUCCUUUUCAUACCUGUACAUUUUAAAUGAGUUCAGUUUUUGUUCUUUGUUCAAAAGAGGCCGUUUCCAGCCACAAAAGUUUGGUCUUAUCUUUGGUACCUGUUAAUGUCUAACCCUGAAGUAAAGUCUGGGCUUUGAACGUGUAUUUACCUGUUUUAU